AUGACGAAUGCAAAGCAUAGCAAGGGAGGAAUCAAUGUUGCUGAGAAAGAUUCUUCCAUUGAGCUUUGGCAUAAGAGACUCGGUCAUUUGAGUGAGAAGGGGCUGCAAAUAUUGUCCAAGAAACAACUCUUUCCCGGAGCUAAAGGUACUCUUCUUAAAACUGGUGUUCAUUGCUUAGCCGGAAAAACUCAUAGAGUUGCAUUUCAUAGAUUUCCACCUUCUAGAAGGAGCAAGGUACUUGAUCUAAUUCACACUGAUGUUUGUUUUAUGCGAGAUAAAACUCUUGGUGGUGCAAGCUAUUAUGUUACCUUCAUCGAUGAUCACUCAAGGAAGGUGUGGACAUAUGCUUUGAAAACAAAGGAUCAAGUGCGAGAUGUUUUCAAGCAAUUUCAUGCUGAAGUGGAAAGGGAAACCGGCCUGAAGUUGAAGUGUGUAAGGGCUGAUAACGGGGGAGAGUAUAGAGGUCUAUUCGAAAGCUACAGUAGAUUGAACGGAAUUAAACUGCAGAAAAUUGUACCCAAGACUCCACAACAAAACGGUGUCGCCGAGAGGAUGAAUAGAACAAUUUGUGAGAGAAUCAAGUGUAUGCUCUCACAUGCCAAGCUACCUAAAUCAUUUUGGGGAGAAGCAAUGCGUACAGCGGUUGAUCUAAUCAAUCUCUCACCAUCGGUCCCAUUGGAGGGUGAUGUGCCUCAACGAGUAUGGACGGGAAAGGAAGUCUCAUAUGAACACUUGCGAGUGUUCGGUUGCAAAGCCUAUGUUCAUGUUCCAAAAGAUGAGAGAGCAAAGCUUGAUGACAAAGCAAAGCCAUGUAUAUUCAUGGGCUAUGGGCGUGAAGAGUUUGGGUACAGAUUAUGGGAUCCAAUUGCAAGGAAAAUUGUUCGGAGCCGGGAUGUGAUCUUUCUUGAAAAUGAGACAAGUGAAGACGUCGAAAGGGUUGAAAAGAAGAAAAAUACAGCAGCUGGUCCGGUUAAUUUGGAGCCUAUAUCUCCAUCCCAAAUGCAUGAAAAUGUUGAGGAAGUAGUGCAUGAUGAGCCCCAAGGUGCACUAGAUCAAGAAGUGCAAGGAGAAGAGCAAUUGGAGCAAGAAGAACAAGUUGAAGAAGAGCAACCUAUAUUGAACCAAGAAAGUCAACAAGAGAUCGCAAAGCUUCCACUUGGUACUCCCCUCAUGAGUACCUAUUGUUGA